AUGUACACUUUUACAGUCAUAGGACUUCAUAAAGAAGAUUUAUCAUGGCAGAUUAUCGAAAAAAUAUGCCAAGGCAGCUAUGUCAAUUCUGAAAGCAAGGUAGCACAAAUUGAAUGUGUCAUGAAGGUCCAUAACACGCAAAAAACAUUUGCUUGCUUUGAGGAAUGCAGAGAAAUGGUUAAGAAUAUUAAUGUUGAAAGGCAACAAAAUAAGCACCCUCGAUGCUUGGUUGAUGGAAAUGAGUUGUUGAGGUUUCAUGGUACAACUGUUGCAUGCUCCCUUGGUAUAAAUGGCUCUUCUAGCCUGUGUACUUUUGACCAAUGUGGUGUAUGUCAAAUUUUGAGGCAUGGUUUCUCCACCAACAAAGAACUCCACGGUGCUGUUGGGGCUUUUACCGCUUCUAUAACUGGAAAAGCCAUUGAUUCCAUUGGCUCUUCACAUAAACCUGUCCUGAGAAAGUCUGUUAUAGUUUGCAGAGUAAUAGUUGGGCGAGUCCAUAAUACUCUACUUGAGAUUCAAGGAAUGACUAAUUCAGAGUUUGAUUCUUUUGUCAAAACGGAUAUUGAAGAACUUUAUGUUUUGAAUCCGAGAGCUGUCCUUCCUUGCUUUGUGGUAAUCUUCAUGUAA